GCAGAAUCGCUGCGUUUGCGCAGUAGUGACUUGGGAACAUCGAAUGCUAGUGCUGUGAAAGUGCCUUUAUACUGUGACGCCACGAAAAUGAAGUUAAUCUUCCUCUUCGUGGUACUGAUCUACAGCAACAUAUCGCAAGGAGCGGUGGACGUAGAAAAAACGGUGAAACAAGUAGAGAGUAUAUUAAAAACCAAUACCCUAUUACCAAGACUAACACGAGAUGAAAUAUUACAACUACUUAAUGAUUUAAGAGAUGAAGAUGCGAAAAACACUAUACAACUAAGUAAAAUGGAAAACGAAGAAAGUAAACACCAAGAAAUUACAACACAAACUCAGGUGUUAAAUAUAACAACUUUGCCACCAGCAGAUGUAACAACUGUUGAAAGUACAACUAAAAGUGGUAGCACCAAACUAGCAGUAGUCCUCCCAUAUACCCCUCGUGAUGGAUCAUCGUUACAAGAAUUAUAUACAAGACCACCUCGUGUUGAAAUUGUACAAGAACCUAAGGUAACAAAGAGACCACCAACUACACCAAAGUCUGCAGAAAACACCAAGGCGAACAAUUUAAACGACAUCUUCAAACAAGAUUUCCCAGCGGAGUUACAAGCAUUUCUAAAAGCGCAUGGUUUGGAAGGAAAACCAGGCCAAGACAAUUUUUUGUUGCCCCUAGAUGGUUUUAAACCUUUACCACCUCCAGCCAAGGUCGUGGAUGGAUCUAUUGAAUUACCUGAAAGUAUAUUGCUAGCUUAUGACUUGAUAUCACCAUCAGAUACCAAAUCUACUUCAACUAAAACUAGUGUUGCUUCUCAAACUAAUUUCUUAUAUGAUCCGUUACCACCACAAUAUCCAUUCGAAUUAGAAACAUCGCCAUCUGAAAUAAAGGAUACAAUAUUCCCUUAUGAUAUGCCAAAACCUAGAAAGCCGAAAGCAGUCACCGCAACGCCAAACUACGAGCCUAUAGAUUAUGAUUCAGUGAAAGUUAUACCGCUAAACAAGGGUCCAAGUCCGAUAGAUGAUGAAAAAAUCAUUUUUAACUUAGAACAAAAUAAAAGGCAGACUAAUGAAAGUACGAAUAACAAAGAUUCUGCCAAUGAUAUAAUUACUACAGAAGUGGCAACUACUGUAGCAAGUGAGUUUAAAGAUGCUGUACCCGCGGCAGAUAAUGACCAGGGUGCAUCGAUUUCUGAUCUAGAAGAUUCUUUUGGAGGUGCAGCACCUGAGGUACCAGGAGAUUCAGUAUUACCACCACCACGAAAAAAUGGAUUUUAUUGGAUGUUAGAUUGGAAUAGUUUUCUUGAAGUAGGCGAUGGUGAUUCGAAAGUCAACAUUCGUUUUGAACCAAAAUUAGGAGAUCCACAAAUGUUUUUACCAGUAAAUGUUCCUUGAUAUACUUUCAAAUACAUUAGAACAUCUGAGUAGUUGUCUAGUCUGAUCUGGUUUAAGUAAUUCCACAGCUUUCUCUAGACUAUUUUAUAUUCUACUCCAAAGGUUACUGCCAUAUUCAUUGACAAAUGAAAUAGAAAUAUACUUGAAAUAAUAUAUAUAAAUAUAUCUUUACAACAAACAGCAAAAUAGAUCUUGUAUAUAAAACAAAUUAGAAAUAAGACUUAGAAAUAAACGUUCAUUCAUGUGGUUGGUAAACUAUUAGUAAAUUUAGAAUAGGUUAUAGUGUACCAAAAAAAUUUUUGUAAAAUUUGUAUUUUAUAAAUUAAAUAAUAUACAAAUUAAAAA